AGUCUUAGUAGUUUCUAUAUAAAUAUGCAUGUAGUUUCUUUCAUUAUGAAGUUAAUGAUAUUCAGAAUUUUCCAGGUAAUAUUUGCUCUUGAUUGUGUGAUGCAACUAACCUACCUAGGUGUGACUCCUAGGAUUUUCUAUCUUUCUCAUUAUUUUUUUCUGCUUCUUCCUCUUUUCUAUUCUAAACAGACCCUAUUUAACUGUUCAUGCAUACUGUUCACAGAUUUUUAUGAUUCUUUUAUGAAAAAUAGUCUUUCUCCUACUGUUGGCUUGAAACUUGCAAUAACAUCCCAACUGCUAGAUCAGAUAAACACAGCAUUAUCUGUAGAACAAGAAAAUUGCCACUCAGCUUCUGCAAGCGUCAAUUUUGCUUCAACAUCUAGAGGUAAUUCUGCACCUCAGUCCCCUUUGAAAAUGUUGAAGGCUGCAAACUUUCUGGCCAAGGAGCUUAUAAUAGGAUCAUGGAAGAGAAUAGCUGAUGUAACAACUUACUUGGUAGUAAAGAUCUACUUUGCGAAAAGGAAGUUGAUAUGGGAGAUAAUGUACAAUCAAUUGAUGAAGAAGAUUGAAAUUCAGUGGGCUGAUAUAGCUGCCAUUAAAGCUUACAGUCAGGAUGACGGAACUGAGGUUCUGGAAGUUGAGUUAAGCCGACCUCCAAAAUUCUUUUGUGAGGCAGAGUCAGACCCAAGAUUACAAUCUAAAUGGAAGGCUACACAGGAUUUUACUGCUGGAGAGGCCCUAAAAUACAGGAGGCAUAAAGUAAUAUGUGCUCCUGGAGCUCAUUUCAAACGCUUUACCAGGCUUCUACAAUGUGACGACCGUUUGUACAAUCUAAGAAGCCAUGAUGUUCCAAGCCUACACUCUACUUCUUUUGAGUCAGGGCACUCCGGUGAUCAAUUUCAAAAAAUUUUCCGCUCAGAUCAUUCAAAAAGGCCACCAGCUAUUGAUUCAGAGCUUAGCAUACAACAGACCACAACCCUCCCAUUACAAGUAUCAGAGGGGUGCAUCAAUGUCCAAGCAGGCGAAAAUCCAACAAUAGUGUACCUGGAAUCAGGAAUGAACAAUUUCCCAGAUAGUUCUCAAUUUGGAAACAGUCUUGGAGACUAUAAUGUUCAAUGUAGAAACAAUAGGGCUGAUAGUAUUCAAGUCAUGGAGAAUUCUGCAAACGAUGUUCAAGAGAUGAACAAUUUUGGAAGCAAUAGUCAAUUGAUGAAUCUACCUACUUCUUUUGGGAACAAUUCGGGAGCCAAUUAUUCUCAUCAAGGUGCUGAUGAGCUGCCUAGCAUUUCAGGUUAUGAAUACCUUGAUUAUCAAAGGCAUUUUUCAGAAUGGGAAGAGUCAAUGGAACCAUCUGUUAAUCAAUGCAGAAGGAAACCUGUAAGCCACCACUAUGGCGCUGCUCUGGCUGGGGAGAUCUUUAGGAUCAGAAGUGACCAUGUUCUUCAACGUGGUCAGAAUUAUGCUCACAAUUUACAAGAGAUGAACAAUUUUGGAAACAAUAGUCAAGUGAUGAAUCCAGCUACUUCUUUGGGAAACAAUGAUUUGGCAGCCAAUUUUUCUCAUCAAGGUGCUGAAGGGGCUACUAGCUUUUCAGGCUAUGAACAAAUUGAUUAUCAGAGGCAUUCUUCAGAAAGGGUAGAGUCAAUGAAGCCUUUUGUUAAUCAAUACAGUAGAAGGAACCCUGUGGUGGAUGGUGCCUCCUCUGGGGAGAUCUCUGUAAUCAGAAGUAACCAAGUUCUUCAACCUGGUCAGAGUUCAAAUGGUUCAGGAGGUUUACUUUACCCGCAAAAUGUUGGCAUACUUCAUGUCAUUGAUCCCUCCAUUCUUAUGUCUGAUUUCAAUCCUUUUCAGAAUGGAACUCCAUGUAAUCCAUCCUCUGCUAAUUUCAAUCUUGGAGACAGAUCAGAGAACAAAAAAGAGUAGUCACAUAUUGAAAGGCCUUGAACCAGGAAUGAGGAUGAAAUUCUUUUUGUUUCAUAAAAAAUGAAGUAGUUUAGCCAUUGCAGUUCAAGUACUGUUUUUUGAUCAAAUUGAAUUCUAGUAUCAAAUUCUUUUUCCAGAAGACAUGAAUAGUGAUAUACUUCAGCCGUGAAAAUGGUCUCAAUU